UUGAUUAAGAUAUAUUUGUAAUUGAGAAAAAUGUUGCUGUUGGAUUUACAAGUUGGCAGGGUAUUUGCACAUGUGGUCCUUGUUUUAAAUUUUUACAGGUGGUCACUGUUGUUAACUGUUGGGUAAAAUUUGCGUGUUCUUUCAUAAUUUUAGGUUUGGACAUUUGCAUCUGUUUAUUUACUCACUUUGUUGCGUGUUUUCAUUAGUUUCAAUCUAUCAUUGUGCAUAAAGUUUGACGUAAAGCCAGGAGCAGAUCUUAUUCAAUCUCUUGCUGUGAAUUAUUCAGUAGCAUUGGACAGCAAGGAAACAGUUGAGAAACGUUUAGCGAUACUAGUCAACAACAAAGUUCAACUACAGCAGCUAAGUCAGAAAGUAACUUUGACAAGAGGCAAUUCUUCAUGUUUUCAAUAUUCUGUAGUUGUUCAGAAAAACAUCAGAAACAAAUUGAGAUCAUUUUUUAGUGAAGUGAAGGUGGAAGCUGUAGAGCGAGUGUCUUCUAUGGGAGGUGGAGGUUUUCCUGAGCUUGACCCUAUCCAAGACAUUGAUGGGCAGACAUCAGAUUUAGUUGAAGUAAAGAUACGGCCUAACUGUAAACGAGAUCCUUGCCAGCCAGAUCUAUCCGUCAACUUUUUAUCUGGAAGUACUGGGGCUCUUACUGCUGGGUCUGAAAAUGAUGUAUUGAUCAAGAUACGAGUUCUGAAUAAAUUUGAUCGUUCAUAUGGCACACAGUUGUCUGUUAUAUAUAACGAAUCUAAACUAAAGUUUAGCAAGUCUGAUUUCUUGCCAUGUGAGCUGACGCCUGAAGAGUGUGAUCCUAACUGGCGCUGUGUACCAACAAACGUUGGAAAUUUGUGUGACGUAGGAAAUCCUCUGGAACAAAGCAAAGCUAUUGAUCUAACGAUUCGGUUGAAACAAACUUCAAAUAUUACAGGAAAUGAAGGCAAACUUCAAGUCAAGAUUAACGCUAGUAGUAUAGAUGCUGAGAGUGUUGUCAAUGUGGAUGACAAUGAGGCAACAUACAACAUUGAUGUGAUGGCACAUGUAACAAUUACAGUUGAUGGUGCUUCUCUUCCAUCAACAUCUUCAGAAUGGACUGUACUAAGUGAUGAUGUGGUAAAGUUGGUCUCUGGGAAGGAAGACACCAGGAAUUUUACACAUCAAUACAGAUUAAGAAAUGUUGGACCAAGUGUUCUUCCUGGUAUGAAAGUUCGAUUCUGGUGGCCUGUGUUUGGUGUGGGAGGAAUGCAGUUGUUGAGUCUUCCUCCUAAAAUUCUGGUUGAAAAUAUGGAGACUGAAGAGUGUGAUUUAUCAUUCGCGUAUGAUGUUGGGAACUGGUCUAAGGAAGGACAGCCUCAUUUAUGUGAAACUAGAGGUUGUCUUCCUAUUGACUGUAUAUUCAGACGCUCUCUGGAACAAAGAUUUGCAUUGCUUGUCAAAAUUUCUUCUUCUUUAAAUCUCUCAGAUCUGGUUGAGUAUGUCGUCACACAACAAGGUGACGUGUCAAACCCUGAAGCAAUCAUCACUUCAUUUGGUCAAGCUUCAGUAAUAUCAGACUAUGCCAUAAGUUCAAAGCCAGCACAGGGUUCAGUGGAGACAACUAUUCUGUUCAAUAUUGAAGUGCAGGACUGCGUUUCUGUGUGGAUUAUAAUUGUCAGCGUAAUUGGUUCUCUUUUGCUGCUUUCAGUGACUGUCAUUGUUCUUUACAUGCUUGGUUUCUUCAAGCAAUACAAGAAACACAAGAUUUCCCUGAAGCCAUUACGUUCAGCUCAACAAGAGGUAACAGCAGGUGAUAUUGAGGCAAGAAAGACUGUAGAUGAAGAUGACAAACCACACAGCAUUUCUAGCAGCAAAAGGGAAAGUAAAUGUGACGACACCAAUGGUUCUAAACGAAUGUUAUCUGGAAGCGAUGCUGAUGAAUAUGUAAAACCUCAGAGUAGGACGCCAAGUGUGAAAUACGAGGAUGUUUUUAAAGCGGGACCUGCGGAACUUGAAGAGGAGCCUAGUUCUGGUAGAAGAUGGGAACACCUAAUUGACAAUACUUCUGAUGCUGUUGAGAUGGAAGGAGAACCCGCCAGACUUUCUCGCGGAUCUCAUUCUCAAACAACAGUGUAGGUUUCAAGAGCUCAACAGCUUUAUAAGUGUUAUGCGGUCUGGUAGAUGCAGGUGCUGGUUGUUGCUCAAAGUUGCAUCCAGGUUUUCUUUUACGUGAUUGAGUAGAUGUAGCAUUAUAAGUAAUCUGCAGAGAUGUUGACUAUUGCCGCGGGUGAUGAAUAGGGUAGAUCUGUAGCCAGUAUCUAUAGUGAAUGGGUUGUUUCUCAAAAAUGAUUACCGAACGUUA